AUGGAUUUGAAUUUGCAAUUUUUUACUGCCUUAAUUACAGUUAUAAGCUGUAUUGCAAUUCCUAUAGCAACAAAAUUGCAACAACAAUAUUAUGUCAAUGUGACACCGACAUGUGAGCAGCGAUCGAUUAAAGUGAUAUUAACAUUUAAUGGCGAUGAUUGGCCGGAAGGACGAUUUGAGGAUUGGAUUAUUGUUGGAACAAAUAACCGUGCUGAAUGUCGGUUGAAAGGAAAUGGUGAAUUGCAGUAUGUUAUCGAACUUGCAGUUUUCAAUGAUCCAUGCCAAACACAAAUGCCCUCUACCGGAGUAUUUCAAAAUCGAAUUCGAAUUGGAAAAAAUCCAGCGAUAAUUUUACUCGGUGAUCGGACAUAUAUUAUUAAAUGUACAUAUGGUUCACCGGAAAUUAGCCAACUUGAUACUCCGAUCAUAAAUCCAUCAUUUAAUGCUGUCACUUUAGCUGAUUCAUCGAUAAAUUCGAUCAAUCAUAAAUCAUUUAAUGCUAUCGGAUCAUCAAAUGAAACAAGCGGAGGAGAAAUUGCAAGAAGUCAAGAAGAUAUAGAUGAUACGGAUGAUAAUGCUCUGUUAUCAUGGCCAAUUCUUUUUAUCAUUGGUGGCAUAUUUGUUACCUUUCUCAUUUUUCUCUUUGCUUUUAUUUGUUUCCGAUGGAAGAUUGGAAGUAAGCAAAGAAAUUUACAACGACAAAAUACUUCAUCAAAUGAUAUUACAAUUAGUAAAUUUGGUAUCAGUGAUCAUUGGUGGAAUGAUAAGAAUAGUGCAAAAUCGAAGCAAUUGCCAAGUGUUCCAAUAACAAACGAACGAUCUUCUACAACAGUUCAAAGUACGGUACAUAUGAAUUCAUCAUUGUCAUCUCAUUCAUCGAUAUGCUCGGAACAGAAUUUACAAAAUGCUUCACGGAGAAAUUAUUCACAACAACAAUCAAUAACGACAGAUUCUGGAAUUACUGUUACAGGAGAUCUGCCAAAAUGUUAUUCAGAAUGGCGAAGCCGUAUUCUGGCGAAUUUAUCUAACAAACAUGUGAAUAAUAAUAAUGCUAACAUGAAUAGAUGUCCAUCAUUACAAACGGAUGAGAUAACAGCUAGCGAAAAUCAACUUUCAAAAGUUCGUUCAAUCACGGAAAUUUAUCGAUCUGCUGAAAUGGCUCUUGCUGAAGGUGAUGCAUCAUCACAAUCAACGCUUGAAGGAAUUUCAUAUAUGCCAAAUUAUUAUGAUUCCGAUCCUUCAAUUGAACGCUUAAUUCGUUGUAUUGGGAAAAUACGCGGUAUCGGCUGUCGUAAAUUAACCGAACAAGAAUUUGGUCGAUGGCGUCGUUUGGUGACUAAUAAUGCGACAUUUCGUGAUGCAAUUGUAAAGGCACGAGAUAUUAAGCAAAUUGAAGAGAUAUGUUUAGGACCGAAUUAUAAGAAAUUAUUUGUUAAGGAAAAAUGGAAUGCUAUAAUACGAUGUAUUAUUGAGCAACAACAACAACAACAACAACAACAACAGUGUAAUUCAACAACAAAGAAUUUUCUUAAGCGAAACGAUUUGCAACAUCAAGUUGGUUAA